ACACAGAGAUCAGGAUCACAGAGAUACAAACAGUCUUUACUGAGAGUCCGUCUGCAGGAUGGGAAACACGAAGAGCAGCGCUUUGUCCAAAGAACUCCUGGAGGAUCUGAAAUCCAACACUAAGUACACAGAGGCCGAGCUGUGCUCCUGGUACCAGUCCUUCCUAAAAGAGUGUCCCAGUGGGAAGAUCAGCAAAGAACAGUUUGAGGGGAUCUAUGCCAGUUUCUUCCCAAAAGCAGACCCCACGGAGUACGCCCGCCACGUGUUCAGGAGCUUCGACACCAACUCAGACGGCACUCUGGACUUUAAGGAGUACAUCGUCGCUCUGCACCUUACGUCUGGAGGAAAGACUCUGCAGAAGCUGGAGUGGGCCUUCGCUCUGUAUGACGUGGAUGGGAACGGAAACAUCAGCAGCAGUGAAAUCCUUGAGAUCGUUCGGUCAAUAUUCAACAUGAUUCCUGUGGAGGAUCAGAAGAACCUCCCUGAAGAUGAAAACACGCCAGAGAAAAGGGCUGAAAAAAUCUGGGAAUUCUUUGGAAAGAAGGAGAACGAUAAAAUCUCAGAGGGAGAGUUCAUUCAGGGAGUAAUGAACAACAAGGACAUCCUGCGGCUGAUUCAGUACGACGAGCCACAGAAAAUCAAAGACAAGCUGAAGGAGAAGAAACAAUAGCUGGCAGAUAAUGAACUCUCUUUGGUUAAGGCAAGCUAGUACCACAAAAUUAGCAAAGACUAACUCACCGACGUGUUCCUGUUUCCCGGACUGGAUGAUUCAAUUUGAUGCUCCAACAUCUUAGUUUUAAAAGUUGUUCAUGUUACAAAGGAAUUCAUGAGAUCUAAAAAAGAAUGCACAGAAAUCACAUGUUUCUGGUAUUGAUUCAAAGAUAACUUUAUUAUUUGUUCACCUCAACAAAAGGCCGCAACACAAACAGGAAAAUGCUCAGUAUUUAAUAAUCAGCAUGAAAUACAGCUUACAUGUCACAGGCUGGAAAGCCUUCUCGUGUUAACGUGUCGUCUGCUAGCUUAGCAGCGUGUUCGUUCACUCUCGGUUUCAUUCAUAAGGUUGAUAGUUAGAAAGUGUUUAGGAGAGCAGCUUAUUGAGGAGUUAGGCUCAGGUUAACAAUCCGCCUGUUGAAACUGUUUAAAGCGAUUAACACCUGAAGGUCAGCUGAAGAACACACUCCUCACACUGUGUCGAUGUGAAGAACACAGUCACAUUCAUAAUGUUUCUGUUCAAUUAUAACGCUAACACAGCGGUGGUAUGUUAGUGGCUAAGAGAAUAAUUUUAAAGUAAGGGAAGGCUACUGCCGCUCCCUGUUUUUCUUCGGGGGGUUAGACACUAAGGGUCUGGAAUACAGCUUGAAAGGCUCCAUGGCCACACACAUGGGUUUAGUGAAAGAUUUGAGAAUAUCUGUGGCCCAGUCAUUAGACAUCUUAAUUCUUCCACUUCUUAAUUGCCGUCCCUGCUUGGUGACGUCCAGGUGUUACAGUCUUUGCCAUAUGCUAUGAUGAGGCUGAAGCUUUGCUGUACUUAUCUCUACCAAGGCGGACUUUUUGUGGUUGUCAUUUGUUUUGUUUUGUUGAUGUGUUUCCUCUUUGUUUUCUCUGUAU